CUGACGUUGGUGAUUCAGUAGAAUAAAUUCUGAUGUUUUGAUCCAAAAAAAUAAAAACAUCAUGGAUAACCAACAAUUCGUUACAAAUAUCAGCGACAACAUGAAUCAACAAGAUGAUGUUCAAUUCUUACGAGACAAAGUAUCCGAGCUAAUGCAACGAGAACAGACGCUAUUGAAAGAAAAACACCAACUGGAACAAGAGUUUGGACAAAAACGGGCAAAAUUUAAGGAAAUAUACAUUGCUAGAGAAGAGGAGCUUAAAAAGGAAUCUGAGCACUUGCAAGAAGAAGUACAGAGAAUCAAAAUUGAGCUAGAAGAUGUUAGAACAGUUGCGAAAGUAUCAUUACUUUCCAAACAAGAAGAAUUUGAAGAAAACAAGAGACGAUUUCAGGAGGAAUUAGCGUCUUUGCAGCUCAUGAUGAAAGAGGCUAUGAAUCAGUCCAGGGAUCAGACUGCUGCUAGUUACCAGCAGGAGAGAAUGAAGUUGAUUUCACUCAAUGCUGACUUAUCACAAGAAGUUCAAGAGUUAAACAACAGAAUUGCCGAACUAACAUCUGGUGCCGCUCCAGCAACAGCAUCCCAGUCUGACAAGGAAAGUGUUUUGUCUAGUGUUUCUCAAGCAAUUAGAAGAAGUGUUGCUGGUGCACAUGACAAGGCAGAAAACCUUGAAAUGAGUAUGAAAAAGGCACAGAAAGAUGCUGAGUUAUUGCGUGCUAUCGUGAUGCCCAUGGAGAAAGAGAUUGAAUCCUUGAAGUAUAAGUUGAAGGAAUCGCAAUCACAGCUUAGGGAAUCACAGCUGAGUCUGUUGGAAACUAAGGCCAGUAAUACCAGUCCUGUUGGCAGUUUAUUAAACUUGGACUCGGGUUCCAGUACUGUUAGCAGUCCAGAGAAAUUAUCUUCCAGUAAUAAGGAAGAUUUGGAUGAGAGGGUGAGGGAGUUGAACCACUAUUUAGAGGCAGAGAAAGCUUCCCGUACUGACUUAGAAAUGUAUGUUGCUGUGCUAAAUACACAGAAGAAUGUACUGCAGGGUGAAGCAGAUAAACUUAGAUCUGAAUUACACGAUGUUUGUAAACUACUUGAGCAAGAAAAGCGAGAACACAAUGAUCUGAAACAGACUUGGCAGAUGGCAAAUGAUCAGUUCUUGGAAUCACAGAGAUUACAAAUAAUGGACAUGAAACGAAUGCAGAGUGUACUUACCGAGGAGCAACAACGACAGAUUCAUGAAUUGCAGAAGAAAGACCAGGAGAGGGAAUUACAGGAGAAGAGAGUGAAAAUGUUAGCACAAAUGAGAGAGAAACAUUCCCAGGAGCAGGAAGAACGGAGAGCAGCGGAAAGAAGAAAAGAAGAAGAACAUCAAAGGAUCCAGCAUGGUACUGCAGAUGAAGUACAACAAUCUUUUGAUAAUAUUGAUAGAAUGUCACCAUCUCUAAUGAUACCAACAACUGAUGCAGUAUUAGCAGACCUAAGUCAGUCUAGAGUUGAUGAGCAUUUUGGGGAGAGUCACAUUAAUGAGGUAUGCACAGUUUUCCAAUUCUUUGGGGAGGGGGGGAUAACUCCAGAGAAAGAAGAGACUGCAUCUGUAGUUGCCAGCGCUAGAGCACGUAGUGAGCCAUGGGUGUCAACUGUUGGCAAGAGACUUGUCAGUGAAAAAGAAUGGGGGUUACUGCAACAAGAGGUUAAGAGUGCCAGAGAGAAGUUAGGAAGGCCGUGUGAUAUGUGUACUAACUAUGAACAGCAAUUGCAGAACAUGCAAACAGUGGAUCUUGAGCAGAGAGAUCUUGUUCAUGAUUUGAAAAAGCAAUUAGAGAAACUUAAAGAGAAGUCAUUAUUAGAGCGAGCCGACCGAACUCAGCUUGAGGAGAGUCUGAAAAAUGCAGCACAGGAUGCACAGCAGCAGAUUACUAGUUUACUGGCUAAGAAUCAAGAACAUGAAUCUUUUCUUACUGACUUGAGACAACAGUAUCUGCGAAGUCACAAUGAGAUGCAUGAUCAGCUGAAAGCAUUAUUGGAUUCAAGAGAACAGUUAUAUGAGGAGGUUGAAAAGCUUCGAAAAGAAAAUGAUAUUCUCCUUGCCAAAAGGAGUUUACACUCAUCCAUACUUAAAACUGAAAACUUUCAAAUGCCUCAGAAGGUAGAAGAUUUACAGCAACUUGUUAAGAAGUAUCGGCGAGACAUGAUCAGUCUUCGAGUAGCGGCCGAGCACAGUGAUGAGACGCUACGAAGUGAAAUCAUGUUCUUAAAGGAGAGAGUACAAGCUGAACAGCAUACCAAAGAAACAAUAGAAGACACUCUGCAGAGUGAUUUAGACACUGCCAGGGAAGAAAUUGCAAUACUUAGUAGUGUGAAAGAUGAAAUGGUAAAAAUAGAAAUGAAUAAAGAAGAAGCAGAGUUGAAAUGUGCUGAAUUACAACAGAAUUUAAAAGUUACACAAAUUCAAGCCAAAGAUGUUAUUAGGGCUUUGGAGAAACAAAUAGAAGAAUUAAAAAUUGCUGUU